UGAGUGUCCGUGAGCUUUAAACAGAGAAGAAGAUGAACCUGACAACAAAAUAAAUGCAACAUUUAACUACCAGAAUAGACGAUUUAGAUGUGAUUUUGUCGUUAAAUGUGGCGCUACAGUGCUUUAGAGAUGGAUUUAAGUGUUCUCGGUUUGAUUUUGAUGCACCAACAUCGCUGUUUGCUGUGAAUACUUACAUUUAUGAACUGAAGCUGAGCGGUUAGCUAACUGUAAUCUAACCCGAGUUUUCCACCCAGGGUUGAGAGGAUGGACUCCACUGCCAUUUCGAAAGGUUUGUUGGAUAAAUAAACAGGGAUGAUUGUCAGUAAAAGAAAUGUUUAAAAAGUGGAGUUUGGCUUAAGUUGGAGUUCUAAUGUGUAACACUUCAUCCGUGUUGCUGUUUUUAGCUUCUUAGCAUGUUUUAACUCUCCCUGAACGUGUUAAAAUGUACUCAUUAGUGUAUUCUACUUUCUUGUUUUCCUAAAUAAUAGUGUCGUAUGUUAAACCCAGACAAACACGCUCCUCUGACAAUGUUGGUGAAGCAUUGUCGGUUUUGAACAUGCGUUCAGUGUUGCUAAAAAGGCUGCAUUCAAAACAAAAAACUGUUCCUGAGCAACAACUUUUACAGAACAAGACUGAGAGAUGACAGCUUUUCUUUUCAGUUUUAAUGUCACAUUUAUAUUGGAUGUUACUGCAGGAGUGUUUGUGAAUCAUGGUCGAUGUUAGGGCUAGGCGAUAUUGUAAAAAGUUUAUCACAAUAUAUAUUUUUUUUAUAUCAGCGAUAUCGAUAUAUUGGGACUGGGCGAUUAUAUGAUCGUGAUUACUGAUCGUUAUGAGCUUCAGUUCCAUCACGGUGAUCAGCUGUGAGCAUAUUUACUGGAUCAAACAUGGGGGAAAGUGCGUGACAUGUGCGUACCUAUAUUUUUUUGUAGCAACUGUUGAGUUAAAACGGUUUUUAUACUUCUAUAACUUUAUCUUAUUCAAUUUGCUUUGUUAUUUACUUUGUAUGUUUAUAAAAUGUUGAACUAAUCUCUUGUUUCUUUAGUUUUUAGCGUAGAUGCUUUAAAUCUGGCAGUUAAAAAACAUUAUUAAAAAUCGUGAUAAUGAUCAAGAUCGGACAUAUGACAAAAUAUAUCUUGAUCAUUUUUUUUUGCCAUAUCCCCCAGUCCUAUGAUAUUUGUUCUAAGGCGUUGUGCUAGAGAAAGUGGACUGAAUGGUCGGCUGUUUCGGCUGUACAGGCACCAUGAGCUCCUUGCUCCGCUCGGGUUUGUAACCUUUUGCAUUGCGAUCGCUCUGCUUCAGGUGGUGAGAAAGAUUUAAGGUAUUCCCCGACAUUACUAGAACAUGUACUCAACAUAAUUUGCAGUGAACAUUACUUCAUGUCUGACCUCAAAAAAACAAAAUGCCUCCACACCUGCAACGUUUUCAUGCCAGUGUUGUCGACGAUGUCAUCAUCUGUUGAGCCUUCAUCUGCAUUUCUGUCGAGGGUAGCACUCAUUUUCUUUUUUUCUCACCAACAGUGCUGUCGGCUUCACCUGUUAAAGUGUGAUGGGUGCGUGUAGCUGCAGCCUGUUGUUUGCUACUUGGUUCUAAUUCAGCACAUGAUUGGUUCAGUGUGAAGGGGACCCGGAGCGACUACCCCUUUCAUUGGCUCUUUGCUUAGUCUACCAAAACAUUACAGAAUACUGACUAUCAAAAAGCAUUAGACAUGUUUUACAUUGAUAUUGAGGGAAAUUCAGUUUUGAUUUAUAUCGUUAUCGUUUUAUCUCCCAGCCCUAGUCGAAGUUAACGACUAUUUACACCCACCUGCUGACAGUAUGAACACCUGUGUUAUCACAUUGUCAACAAAAGCAGAAAAAGUUGAAGUUAUGGUAAACCUUUUGAGCUUCGUUACUGAAUACUUUUUUCCAAAAAAACACCCAUGUGAAUGUCGCACAGUCAGGGUGAGAUAAACAGUAAAUAUAAGUCACCUGCUGUCAUUUUUACUCCAAGUGCUCAUGUAUAUUUCAGGUGAUCCCAUACCUCUGGCUUCGCUGCGCCUCCUGGUGCCACCUCUCCAGCUUAUGUCAGUCUCCAUGAUGCAGGUUCUGAAGACUGGAGAUGUUAUGAACUACUGGAAAGUGGCUGAGUUUGUCUCCCUGGUGACAGACAUGGUCCCAGACCUGCUAAUGUGCAAACAUAGGACACAGCUUAUUCUGGGUUUAAGAGCCAGGGUGAGUUCUUGUAGGUGACUGUAAGAUCGAGGAAAUACAGACAGGUGCAUGCAAGUUAACUGUUGUGCCAAACUGAAACAUUUGUGGACGUUUUUUUUUCUCCUCUUGUCAGUAUGUUGUUGAGUUGUGCCGAAGUGAUCCGCUUCAGGAACCUGGUUUCAUCCUGUCUCAUUUCGACAAGAUUAAAGUAAGUGUCUGCUUCAUGUGUUUGUUUGUAUAUUGAAAACACCUGCUGCAAUUAUCUGGUAAUGCAUCUGUGCACAUUUCCAGAGCACAGAAUCUGAGGAGGAGGAAAUAAUGGUGAACUUUCUUGGGUUGAUCCAGACUCUGCUCAAAGAUCCUGAAGAGAGACAGGACUUUUUCAUGGUGAGCCAGUGUUACCUAAAACCUUCACAGUCAAUGCUAUUUGCCUUUGCAGUUAAAUAAUAUAUUCAAAGCGAGGUUCUGCCAACAUCUUUAGUUGUGAAGUCUGGCAGGUGCUUGUAGUCAGUAAAUUAUUUCCUUUUGUCUUCUUAAAGGAGGUCUUUCCUGCUGAGUAUGGGCACAUGUAUGACUGCGAUUUGCAGACACUGUUUUCAGAGUUCCUCUUUCGGCUGGCUCAGCUGUUGCCAGUCCCUGAUCUUGAGCAGGUAAGAGGUGUUGGGGGGGGGAAAAGGUGACACUAUCUCACCUUUUGGAAAAUCAAUUAUGCUCCUGAGCUUUACUGUGCUCACACCUCUGGAUUAAAAUACCUAGAAAUGUUUAACUUUGCAUUAAAUAAACGUCAAUUUGAUGAUAAGUGGAUGAUAGCGUGCUACUCUACCCCUCAUGUCUGUUUAUGUGCCCCACAGACUGUCUCUUGGCUUGGAGCUGAUAGUUCUGUAUUGGAGGAGUGUGAGCGCUCAGUCUCUGAGCCCACAGACCUGAAAACUUUACUCCAGCACCACAAACACCUCGGGCAUUUGGAGCAACAUGGUACGUUUUUGUCCAUAACGCCAUUUUAUGUAUUUCAUUGUAGACACAACUCGAUUACAGGGACUUGUAUUUUUUUUCUCUUUUUGUAGUUCCACCUUCCAGCAUGGGCGACAGCAUCCUCUCAUCACUCUCUCUGGUAUUUCCAAGGAGAGUAUCAACACCAGCUGAACAACCUGACCACAAAGACCUCCCUCCGGGCCUUAGAGACGACACUGUGACAUUUGUAGAAGAUGUGGCAGUGGAAAUUAUCACAGUCACAGAUUACGCAGAAGUUGAAUUAAGUGCAAGCACAGACAUUGAGGUGGUGAUGGGAGAGAACUGCUUCGAAGGAACGAAUGGUAACAUGGUGGCUGAAGAUUUGAUGGUGGUGCUUCCAGAUGAGACAACAAGGGAAGAGGAAGUUGUUGCACGGGAGGAUGAAAAAGCUGUUAGCAGUUUGACAGAAGACAUCCCUGCAGAAGCUCCUAAAGACAAGUUAGGAUCUGGACAACACAAAGUCGCUGCAGGGCCUCAUGACUGCCCGGACUGUGACAAGAAAUUUAAGUUUGCCUCUUCUCUGAUUGCUCACAGAGUCAUCCACUCUGGCGAACGCCCCCACCGCUGUAGUGACUGCGGUCGCUGCUUCUCUUUCAGGCAGUCUCUCGACAGACAUAGGCACAGACACAACACCACACGAAAGUACGACUGCGCCGUCUGCGGGGAAGUUUUUCAAUCCCUGUCGGCUCGCACACAGCACAAGCAGACACACAUGGUGGACGGUGUGUACACAUGUCACCAGUGUGAAAAGAGAUUCAACUGGGAGCUGACACUCGCGAGGCAUCUUAAAACCCACACUGAUCAUCACAACGCAAACAAGCCAACAGAAGGCCAGGGGGAGGGGCCAGAAGUUGUUAUUGGUGAGGAAGUGGUCAGUGAGACCCCUGCCGAAGCAGACAGUCAGGUGCAUGCAGACAAUUACACUGAUUGUGACCCAGCAAAUGCAAAAACUAAGGGCAAUGAGAGCCCCACCCCUGAGCUUGAGAGCACAGUCCCCAAGUUUGACAAUGGAGUUGUUAUGCUCACUAAGGUGAGAACAAGCGGGCGCAAACGCAAACCAACCAUGAAAAUCCAGGUGAUAAACCUCCAGAAGAGCUUGACUGCCAGAAAAAAGGAGGUCAUGAAGGUGAAGCCUCCAGAGCUAAAGCCCUUACCUUCCAACUGGUAAAACCAUCUACGUUUGUUAUACUCUUGCCUCAAAAAUCACUUUUGAAAGGGCUUCAUGUCUAACUGUUCGUCUGUCUUUUAGCAGGGAGGAACAUUCUUACGGGUCAUCUGUGGUGUCUUCGAAGGACGGUGAAGAGUGUGAGUGCUUAUUCUUGAAUAUUCUCUUCCUCACUACUUUAACAAAAUCAAAUGUAACAUCAAACAUAAUCUGCUAACCUGAAAACCACUCACCAGAUCAACUAAUCCCCAAUUUCCACCGCAUUCGGAACGGCUACGAAAAGGCCGUAUUCGCCGAUCGCAGCUGAUCGUAACUAUUAAAGUUAAUGUGACAAUUUCCACCGGCUUCUUUACGUUCCGCUGCAGAUUACCAGACUCCUCAGCUGAUCGCAAGAGUUCCAUUUUUUUUCCCCCAGAGUAUGCCGGAUAAAUUCAGCACAGAUUAACCCGUGCUGGAAAGGAAGUCGGGCACAGACACAAAAUAGAACAUCUGGUUUAUUUUCAAAAUAAAACACUCUGUGUUUCAGGCAGAUCGUAUUCCACACAUGCAAACUGGAGGGGAUGAACAAGCGAAAGGUUUAUAGAUGUCAUUUCACCCCAAUGACACCAUGUAUGAGGAAAUGCUUAUUCUAAAAGUCUAGAAGUGGAUUUCCUCCUCUGGAAGGACACGAUCUACUGCUUAUAUGGUUAUGUGGCUAUAGAGACAACUCAUUUUCGCGCGAUUGCACGUGAAUCCACGGGUUCCUGUGAGUUCUUGUGAUGCCCGCUGUCUGUAAUCUGCCACGAAAAUUGCCUCACAAACGUAUCCGGUGGGAAGUGACGGCAUAAAUCGCAGCCGUUUCGGAUUGGAGCUGUUCCGAAUGCGGUGGAAAUUUGGGGUAAUGGUUGACUUGUAAAUUGUCUAUCUGCAAAUAUCAGCCAACAGCAAAGGUCCUAACAAACGUAUGAGUGCUAAAUUUUUGCCAUCAUGUCUUAAGAACUUUAUUUAUUUCCAUCAGGCUCCAAAGAAGAUGGCUCCUCAGCUGUGUUCUCCUGUCCUAAAUGCUCCUUCACACACUCAGAGGAAGCUCAGGUCCAGCUGCACAUCGACCAAGUUCACUCAGCUCAGACUGAGGAUGACAAGGAGUCACUUCAGUCCCCCACAAAUGACGGACGUUUCAGCUGCUCGGACUGCGAGAAGAGCUUCAAGUUCCAGUCCUUACUAACGGCUCACCAGCGAAUUCACACAGGCGAGCAACCCUUCCCCUGUCCUCAGUGCGGGCGGCGGUUUUCCUUUAAACAGUCACUAGAGCGGCACAAGCAGACACACAAGUCUGGGCGAAAGUACGAGUGUCUGAUCUGUGGGGAGUUCUUCAAGUCUCUGGUGGCUCAGAAGGAGCACAAGAGCACCCACAUGGAGAACGGCGAGUAUGUGUGCUCGGAGUGUGGCCGUGUGUUUGCGUGGAAGUCCGCUCUGGUGAGACACCUGAAAACCCACAGCGAGGAGGUCAACAAGGUGGAGCGUUCCUUCAAAUGCCCCCGUUGUGAGCUGGGCUUCAGCUGUGCCAGUUACCUUAACAAGCACCUGCAGACUCACCAAGAAGAGCGAGUGCACACCUGCAAUUGCGGGAAGAGCUUUGCUUACCGGGCAGCUCUGACUGCACAUCAACGCAUUCAUCAAAAGGAGCGACCGCACACAUGCACACAGUGUGGAAAGGGAUUCCUGUACAAGGGAGGGCUGCUGAACCACAUGAAGAUCCACUCCGAGGAGAUGCCCUUCAUGUGCUCUUUUUGUGGCAAGAGCUUCAAGAGGGAGCGGAAUAUGAAGAAGCACGAGCGCUACCACACCAGAGAAAAUGUUUUCAGCUGCUCGCAGUGUGACAAGAGUUUUGUCUACAAGGCGACCCUGAUCAGACACGAGCUGACUCACUCAGGCGAGAGGCCGUUCCUCUGCUCUGACUGCGGGAAGGGCUUCUUCUCCCACGCCGAGCUGCUGAAGCACGAGCGUUUCCACACAGGCCACAAACCUUUCCAGUGCCCCCACUGUGGGAAGAGUUUCACCCAGUCCUGCUACCUCACCAUUCACCUGCGCUACCACACCGGAGUGAGACCGUACGCCUGCGCUGAGUGCGACAAGAGCUUCCUCAGCGCCAACCGGCUGAAGAGACACCAGCGGACUCAUUCAGGGGAGAAACCGUACGUGUGCGGUGAAUGUGGAAAAGGAUUCAGGCAGUCCUACAACCUGAAAAUGCAUCAACGGACACAUACCAUCAAGUGUUGAAACUCUUCAAACUGAAAUUACAAGGAAAAUACUCCAACUGGAUGAUUGACUUAACUGCUCAUGGAUAGAAACAAUCUAGUCUGUUUGAUGAUCCAGCUAAACUUAAGGUGGUUAGUUUUCUGGUUUAUUAAGCGAUUAAAAAACUCAGAGAAAAGAAA